GCCUGCAGGUGAUCGGGCCCGCCGCGCCGGGGCGGUGCCAAAGUCAAGAGCGUUGCAAUAAAGGGCUGACGGCUGGACGAUGCAUUUCUGCAAAGCGCGACGAGCUAACGAAACGCGGCCGAGCGAGAGGAGCGAGUGGUGGCGCCAAACGUGCACGCGUGCAUAGCGGAGCCUCCCACUUUCAGAAGGAAAGAGCACGGGCGAGGGGCCUCGAAUCCUCGAGCGCGCGCUAUAUAAGCCAGUGCCAUAUCGCUGGCGCCUUUAGUUCCCGGAAGGUCGACCGCCCAUCUGCGUCUCUCACAGUCAGGCAAAACAAGUAGCUGCAGGAUGAAAUCGGCGGCGAUGUUGGUGCUGAGUCUGAUGGUAGCGACGGCCGCUGGGAUGCCCCAGCAGAAGGACGGCCAGCGCUUCAGCGACGAGGCCAUCAAGCAGGCACAGUCGACCUUUCUCAUUCCCAAAGACGCGCAGAUCCAGAACGUACAGGAGGGCAUCGAGCUCGCCGCCUACGAGUCCAUUCCCGGCAACCAAAGGAUCAACCUCUUCGAGAUUCUCGGCAAGCACGUGCCCGCCGAGGUUGUUAACAACCUCCAGGGACAGAUUGACCAGAUCGGCAGGAAUUAGCCGACUUUCACUUCUCUUCGCUCCUCGUCGCCCCUUGUUGCUCCACAUCGUCGCCCCUCGAUGGUUAUCUUCUGCAGGUCGACUCGUUCUGCAGCUAUGACCCACCUGACACUCUUCAUUCUCUUUUCUCUUUUGUCGUUUACUUAAUUUCUUAAUGCUCAAUAAAA